UGAAUUCCACCUGCACUUGGGCUGCUCCCCACACGGGUACCUUGUGGCCUCCAUACGUUCUCAGUUUGAUUCCACACUUGCUUACUUUGGGCGCAUUACUGCCUUCAAAAAGUUUUUUUAAAUGACGCCUUCGACAUGAUAGUGUAACCACAGCCUGUGUCUACUUCAAAUGUCACAUUCUGUCCAUUUACCUGUCUGAUGGGUUCUUCCCUUGGGAUGCUAAUCUCCUCAUGCACAUUAUACAUAGUCACACUUGCCUUUAUGUGGUGCAUUUCAGCUCCUUCUUCCUCACUCUCCACAUUCUCCUCUUCCAAGAAAUGGGCUUGUUUACCUUGUCUGCCAUGCCCUCCUUUUUGUUCCAUUUUCAUUCGGCAGACCCUUUUUAUGUGUUCCACCUUUCCACAGUUGUGGCAUUUUUCUGAAACAAACCUGCAGUCCUUGGCCACAUGAUUUAGCCCUCCACAUCUGUAGCACUUCCUGACAACCUGUUGUGACGUCGAGCCGCCGUCCUCCAUCUUGUUCACCGCUCCUAAUCCUUUAGUGAAUCGCGACUGUUCCAUCAUGCUCUUCAAAUCCACAAUGUCUCUGUUAGCAGCCUCCAUUGCUUGAGCAAACUUCAGCGCCUUUUCAAAUGUUAGCAAAUCCUCUGCUAACAAUCUGCGCUGUAUUCUGUCGUCGCUUAUUCCACAUAUUAAACGAUCCCGCAGCAUCACCGUCAGGGAGUCUCCAAAGUUAGUCCUGUGCGAGCUUCCUUAGCUCCGCUACAUAAUCGCCCACACUUUCCUCCGGCCUUCUAUUCCGUGUGUUAAACUUCCACCGCUGCACAGUUUCACUCGGCUUAGGGUGAAAAUGAUUGUUCAAUAAUCCCACCAACUCAGCAUAAGAACGAUCCCCUGGCUUGAACGGACUGAGUAGGUUCCUAAUCAGGGCAUAGGUCUGUGCCUUCCAUUUCCACAGUGUAACAUCCAACCACCUGUGUAAAAAGCGAAAUUCCCAUGGUGUUGUUCAAAAUGUGCUCUGGCACAAUCAUAACCAUCGCUUGCUACUGAAAACAAGAAAAAAGCCGGUCCCGCUAUGGGCUGAACCAUUUGUUAAUGGUGGAGGGGGGAACACUAUGCAAUAUAUUCAGUUUUAGCAUUUAUAUUCACUGUAACUACGCUCAAACUGUUAAUGCUAUCUUAUUUUAAUAAACAACACUGUCAUAUGCAAAACUGGGGUGGCACUUGGGGUUGGCAAGGGAUUCUUUUAGGGUAGCACUUGCCACUAGGAAGUUUCACUUCCUACGUGUUUGCAUCACCAUGCUAACUGAUUCUGCAGACGAUCAUCACAAACCAGCUUCAAUCCUGAAAACACUCACCUGCUACAGCAUGCACCACUGAUCCAUUAUCUAUCUAUCUGUCUGACUGAUUGAUUGACUGAUGGACUGAUUGGUUGAUUGACUGGUAUUGACAGCGGGGUGAGAGGAGCUGAUGGUAAAUGUACCUCCUCACAGGAAACCAUGUCGAUCAUCCCACGACCUGCGGUCUGAUCAUAACUCCAGGCUGCUGAAAGAGUGCUCGCUGCAGCAGCUAAACGAGGACGAGCUCUUCCUGCUGCUGCUGCUCAACGACCCGGCGCUGCUGCCCGAGGUGUGUGUGCACUAUAACAAAGGCUCGGGGCCUCACGGCUGCUGUAGUUUCCAGGGCAACUGCACCAAAGUGCACCUGUGCCAGCACUUCGUGCAGGGCGACUGCAUCUUUGGAAAAAAGUGCAAACGGUUGCAUGCCGUUGACGAGCGCGGCCGCCACAUGCUGGAGGAGAGAGGACUGAGCUGUGACAUCAUCCACAACCUGCCUUCCAUCUACAGCAACAUCCACCAGCUCAGAGCGGCCUCCACCUCCACCUCCACCACCUCCAUGGACAUUGUUCCUGAGCCGUCUCACCCUCUGGAGAUCUGCCUGCACUUCUUCAGGAACAGCUGCAAGUUUCAGGACUCGUGCCUGCAGGUGCACUUCCACCUGCCGUAUAAGUGGGAGGUUCUAGAUGGCAGCACCUGGACGGAGCUGCAGAACAUGGAGGACAUUGAGCGAGACUUCUGCGACCCGUCCAGGACUGAGAGCGCUGGUGUUCAGACCAUCGACUUCAUCACGAUGACUCGAGGGAUGCAGCCUGUUCGCCGUCUCUCCACAGUUUCCUCCGUGAAGAAGCCGUUAUAUUACACACUGACCACCAAAUGGCUGUGGUACUACAAGGGGGACCGUGGGAACUGGGUGGAGUAUGGAGAGUGGGAUGAGAAGAUGCGCUCCACAUCGGAGACAUCCUGCACUCUGGAGAAGAAGUACCUGUCUGACAGAAGAGCUGAAGUCAGAGUGGUGAAAGGCUACAGAGAGUACAUCAUCAGCUUCAAAGACAUGUACCAGAGGAACCACAAGCACAACACCAAGAGGAAAGUCCGCCGUCGCCCUCGCUUCGUCUCCCGGGAGGAGGUGGAGAGGCAGGUGCCGGUGUUAGGAAGUCAAAUGUGACCCGAUUAUGUUGACUGGACCAGGCUGGGUGCCUUAUCACUGAGCAUGUUAACCACUUCUAUUAUUUUCUGCUUCUCUGUGUGUAUGUGUGUGGGGGAAAUUUAUU